CCUGGAUUAAACACUCUAACGGUACCUAGGUACUUCUUAAACUUCAACUUUGUAGAUCUUUAAAUCUUCAACGCGCAAUAUAAAGUUAUACUAUUCAACGGUUGCGACACCGAAUCGGAGAGUACCUAUAAAUAUGAUGCUGUAUACAUAACUUCCCCCAGCUGAGAUUUGAUAGCCAGUAUCUUAACUAGGAACUCAUCGAGAGUUCUACAAUACAUAUAAAAGCUAAGAUGUCGCUUAUUUCGGACGAGGAAGACUUCCUAUCAGACAACCAAUCCGAUCCAUCAUCCUCUAGCGACGAGGAGGCCUUACCUCCGCCUCCAUUACAGCAGAACUAUUUCGCGCCUCCGUUCUACGGCCGACCUCCAACACCAUUACCUCCGUCUCCGUCCUUAACAUCGCUACUCCGUCCAUCACGACCUACCACUCCCGAUGCCUCAGAUGACGACCUCGAGCCGGUGCCGCGUGCAUCCCCGAAGGUACCCACAUACGAGUACUACGGCUUCGUCCUAUACCUCUUCUCGUCUCUGACUUUUCUCAUCUAUCUGCUAUGGGCAUACCUGCCAUCUCCGUUCUUGCAUGCCUUAGGCAUCUACUACUAUCCUAACCGGUGGUGGGCAUUGGCUAUUCCAUCGUUCCUGGUCAUGCUUAUAGUCUACAUCUACGUUGCGCUCGCGGCAUACAACACGGAGAUCCUCACUCUUCCUAUGACUUCGCUAGAGACUAUCGUCGAUGAGGCAGCUAAGAUCGCCACCAUCGACCACAAAGGCAGAAUACGGCCGAACGAACCCAGGAAGCCCAUUACAGAGGAGAGAGCCAGGCAGCUAGACUGGAAGAAUAUAUGGAACGAAGGAACGGAUGCCGUCAUGGAUGUACCGCUUGCUGGCGCAUGCGAGGUUAUAUAUGGCGAUCUGACUGAUUCGGGGAGUGAACUAGAAUUUGAUAUUCACGGCGUAGUCGUUUUAUGAUUUAUGGUCAUUAAGCGAAUAAAAAGAAAAUGUGGCACAGUUCUUCCGUUCGAGGAUAGAAAUAAGGGCUUUGUCCGUUUGGCCCUUAGGUAAGACAAUGCAUCACCCUCUCAACAGCUCUACAAUCUGCCUCUUCCGGUGUCUUUGGCCCGAAUUAGCUUCCAUCUGGCACACAGACAGUAGUUGCUUCGAGUAGACCGAAUUACUCUAAAGGAUGAGAGUGAGAGAAGCGAUAGAGGCGAAACCCUCAGCAGUGUUGGGACUAGACCGUGGUAAGAAAGGGCAUGAAGAUCCUUAAUAUGGUCAUGCUCGAACUAGAGCUCGAGAGCGGUCAGCUUUAAUGCUAAUAGUUUAUUGAAACUUUUUCUAAGUUGCAUUGUUAGCCUCUACUAAUACAUAGCGAAGCCCUAUUUCUAUACCGG